GGGAGGAGCUAAACGCUGACUGCAUCCAGCAGCGGCAGGACGAGGCGGACAUGGACAAUCCCGUGCCCGGGACUCCAGGAAGCGCACUAACAAUAGCCUGGUGCCCUGAGCGCUCCGUGCAGCCUCCCAAUGCCAGCGUUUAGCCACCGGCCGCCAUUCUACCUUCCCCUCGGCACUGCACACGCCAAGCAUCCCCUUCAUUUGUGACUAGCGCUCCCCGUGCCCAGUCGGCGCUCCAAGCCAUGUCUGGCAAACACCAGCAUUUCAAGGGACCCGAAGUCAGCUGCUGCGUCAAGUAUUUCUUGUUCGGCUUUAACAUAGUGUUCUGGUUGUUGGGAGCCUCUUUCCUGGCCAUUGGCUUAUGGGCAUGGGCAGAGAAGGGUGUGCUUUCCAACAUCUCAUCCAUCACAGACCUGGGUGGCUUUGACCCUGUCUGGCUCUUCAUGGUCACCGGGGCUGUGAUGUUUGUGCUGGGGUUCGCUGGCUGCAUUGGAGCACUACGGGAGAACACCACUCUUCUAAAAUUUUUCUCUGUCUUCCUUGGGCUGAUCUUUUUCCUUGAGCUGACAGCAGGAAUCCUGGCCUUCGUAUUUAAAGACUGGAUCAAAGAUCAACUCAAUUUCUUUAUUAAUAACAAUGUCAAGGCAUAUCGAGAUGAUAUAGACUUGCAGAACCUCAUUGAUUUUGCUCAGGAAUAUUGGUCCUGCUGUGGUGCUCAUGGACCCAAUGACUGGAACCUCAACAUUUACUUCAAUUGCACAGAUUCUAAUCCGAGCCGAGAGCGCUGUGGAGUGCCGUUCUCGUGUUGUGUGAAGGACCCUGCAGAGGAUGUUCAGAACACACAAUGUGGAUAUGACGUGAGGCUAAAGCUGGAGCUGGAGCAACAGAGUUACAUAUACACAAAGGGAUGUGUGGGCCAGUUUGAGAAGUGGCUACAAGACAACUUAAUAGUAGUUGCCGGAGUGUUUGUUGCAGUUGCUUUGCUGCAGAUAUUUGGAAUCUGCCUGGCUCAGAAUUUAGUUAGUGAUAUUAAAGCUGUGAAGGCGAACUGGUGACAUACUGCCCUGUGUUCUCCUCAGCCCGGCCACUCCGGACACUGGAGCCUGCCUUAUGGGACUGCACUGUAACAUCACAGAGACUUGGCACUGGACUUUUAUCGGACUGCCCCUUUCUCUCAAUAGUGUUUUGUGGCAAGUUGGUGGGAUGAAGGUGGUCCAACCCCUUAUUAUUUUCCCUUCUGCUGUAUUCUAGUUGGGGGGAUGAUGCCAUAUUCUGUGUCAUAAAUUCCUACUUCCGGCCUGGGCUUCCUUCCCUCCCUGGGCAUGGAGGGGCUGGCAUUGGAAGCCAUGGUGUAAAUAAGUGCAUGUACAAGAAAAGGGCAGCGUGACAGUGAUUUAUAUUUAUAAAUAUAGUAUAUAUAUAUCUAUAUCUAUAUAACAAAAUGAAAAGACUCAACACACCAACUUCUGAUGAAGGCCUCAAUGUGGUCUAACUAAAGGGACCUUUUCUGGCACAUGAUUGUGGUGUGUGGUGCCAGCACCCCUUUCCCUGUAUUGUCAGACACUGGAGCCGUUGCAGCUGCCCAUGCAACCUUUACUAGAAGGUAUUUUUGCUUUUGUUUUUGUCAUUUCUUAAAGGCGGGGUAUUUUCUGUGUUUCAUAUGAGAGUAUUGGACAUGCCAGCUGUUUCAGAAGCACAUUGAAAGAAGUUCCGUGGAAGAGGUCUACAGUAGAUUGGCCAGUUGCGGCAGAGCGUGCGUGGCUAUCGCUGCAGACUGACGGGAGAGUAUUUGUUGCCACUCUUGUUACAGCUUAAGGCGACCCAUUUCUUUUUACAGCCUCAUCCCCAAUACAGAGAAAAUCCUUAUUGUACAUGACAUUUGAAUGUGCAUUUUCACUGAUCGAUAUGCCCACACGACAGCCAUGAACACUACGGCUAUCCUGCCCAGUUUAUAUGCCAUGGUGUGCUAAUGUAUGGAUUGUUUACUGAAGUCUUAAUGGAUCAGUUUUCAUUAAAAUGCCCACAGCCUGCUGCAUUCUCGAAACUGGACGACCGCAUUCAAGACCAGGACUGCUAGGUUGUGUCCCGCAUCCUCCUUUGCUGGCCUUCCGUUUUAUAUCUUGCCCAUGCCAUCCUUAAUAACCUGCUAAUGUCUUAUUUUUAGUCUAUGUGUUUUGUAACAAGGCUUUAUAUUUCUUUUAUACGUCUGUCUGGGCAUAAAGCACAUGCGUCCAUUGAACUCCCUGAGAUGGUAAAUCUACUGCACAGCUAUGUGGUUCCUUCCUGUAGGCUACAUGGUAAAAACAUCAUUCCAAAUAGCAAACCUUAAAAUGCUAGUGUUUAUUUGAACUGGAAAUGGUCCGACGAAGACUGGAGACCAGAAUCCCCAUUUUAUUUCCACGUUUUAUCUUUUUUCGGGGACAUUUACUUUGAAGAGGGAAAUGUUUUUAGAGUUCUAGUUAGGUUCCUUGAAUGUGAUGGCGCACACAUUCCCCGGGGUAAUUAUCAUUAGAUUAUGGGUACUAUAUAUGAUGCGACAAACCAGUAGAAAGCCAUCACUCUAAAGUAUACCAUAAAUCUGAACUGUGGAUAUUCUACAUUCCUAACCUGUGGUUUUCCUGAUAUCUAUGCACUGCAGCUUUAAUACUGCAUAGCUUGUAAUGAAACAGAUGGAAAGUGCCAUGUCACCUACCUCUCCUACACAGCUCAUCUACUGACGAGUAUGGACACCGUCGAGUUAAUGGUGCCAUAUGGAUUAAAUUCACACAUUAACAUAAGUUCCUUGGGGCGGGAUGUAACUUAGAAAAUCUGUAUGGGUUUUCUACCAGUAAAUAUGCAGUCACCGAUUUGCCACACUACAGUAUGUGAACGGUGAACAUUUCUCCCCGGCAGUCACUGCUUUAUUUUAUUCUAUUACCCCAUAGUGUGAUCUAGCUAGCCAAAAUGUUAGGCCAGUGACUGCUUUUACUUCUCUAGAUGCUGAUAUCUGGUUUAGUGCUGCUUUCUUUUUUUUUUUUUUUUUUCUCUUUCUUUUAUCUUGUGUCCCUUAAAAUUGUGAAUGUUUUCCGAAUGUGUGUUCCAAGUGUUGAAGUGAGCAGAAGUCGCCUCUCCUACCGUCCACACCUCACACUGCUGCAGUGGAAUUCAGAGGAUAAUCAGGAAUUCACGGUGCAAUGUUACUGUACAAAUUGUUUAUGAAAAAUAAACUUUACAGAACUUGU